UGUAGUAGAAAAAGCCUAAUAUACACAAAUUUCACUAUAUGAAGGGUUUUUCCAGGCCGGCACGCACGCGCUCGAGAGGAAACAAAAAACGGAUUUGGGCCACUUUUUUUUUUUUUUUUAAAGGUUUUCUAAAAGUUUGUACUCAAAAGUAUUUUUCUUCAAAAUAGUUUUUAAUUCCCGAGUAUGUAUAUUCAUUAUCAACACGUGUUUUUCAGGCUUAUCUGAGGUGAAGUGUUUUGAAGUUUCCGCCCCUCAGAUUAGCCGAGCUGCUGGAACCUGGGGCAUCGCUAUAACAACAGCUGCGCGCUCGAGUUGUGCGCAUGCGCGUUUCAUCCUCGCUAGCUCGGGCUACUUCGGGUCCUGUUUCUGUGUGUCGAGCUAACUGUGUGUGCGCGCACAUAUGGCCAUCACACAAGCUUGAGCCGGUGUUUGUACAGUUUCUUUGUUUGCCCCACUGUGUAGCCAUGCGUGAUUAAUACGAGCCAGUGAGUCAGAGGACUAACGGGACUUGUCUCCCUUCACCUCUCAUCUCAUCUCCUCUCCUCUGCGUGGGAAGGCUGAAGAAUGAUCGCAUCCUUAUCCAAAGGAAAUUUACUCGAUGUGCUGCAGGAGGGAUUCAAUGAGCAACAACUGGUGGCGUAUGUGUCGUGGGUGAAUGCUCAGCUGAGGAAGAAGCCCGGUCUGAGGCCCGUAAGCGAUCUGCGGCAGGAUCUCCGAGACGGUGUGGUGCUCGCACACCUCAUUGAGAUAGUGGCUGGCGAGCUCCUUGAGGGUAUUCACUACUCACCAAAGGACAACCAAGAGAAGAGAGAAAAUGUGGAGAAGGUUUUGCAGUUUGUGUCCUCCAAGCGGAUACGCAUGCCCCAGACGUCUGCCAGAGACAUUGUGGAAGGGAACCUCAAAUCUGCCAUGAGGCUCAUCCUGGCUCUAGCAGCACAUUUUAAGCCUUCUGCCUCAGCCAAUCACAGGGCAGGAGCUGCCUCGGGUAGAAACUCGACCGCCUCCUCAGCCAACCACAGACCUCAUUCCACUAUGGCCAUGGCCCAGAACGCAGCAGCGGCUCUAGCAGCUGCCCGGAACGAUGCGUCUCGCUCAGGGCGCAGCGUUCAUCAGCUCAGACAGGACUGGCACAGGCAAAGCUCCAGUGCUGAUGAAGAGAUUGAGAACCCAUGCUGGAGUGUGCGGGCUUUGGUCCAGCAGUAUGAGGGACAGGGAGGAGCCGGUGUGGACGACACAGAGACAGGAGACCCAAGCUUGAGCACCUCCAGUCCUGACCACACGCCCAAAGACCACACCGGCCUCUCAGAGGACAACGGACAGCUUUUCAGUAUCCAAUUAGGACACACCAAAGACAAUUUGACAAGUGGCCUAGGUGCAGCCAAGGAGCAUGAUGGGAGGUGUGUGAGUAACUGUGCCUGGGAAGAGCAACUGUGGGAGCAGCAGGAGCAGUUAGAGAGGGAGAUGGUGGAGGCCAGGAGAAUGGUGUCCAGCCUACAGGCUUUGCUUCUGCAUGGCUCGUUGCCUGACGAUGAGCAGGAGGAUUCGCUGAGCUUGGGAGAGGGAGGGGAAAAUGCCGAGCAACAACUGGUUAUUAUCCGCAGUCGUCUUGACCAGAGCAUGGAGGAGAGUCUGGAGCUGAAGAGGGAGCUGUUGAAGUACAAGCAGGAGGCACGCAACCUACAAGGAGUCAAAGAUGCUCUCCAGCAGCGUAUGACCAUGCAGGAGUCGUCUGUGUUACAGCUCAAACAGGAGCUCCUGCGCACCAGCAUGAACCGUGAUGAACUGGCAGGACAAAACGCAGAGCUUCAUAAGAAGCUAGAAGAAAGGAACAGGCUUCUCAGUGAAUAUAAGAAAGAGUUAGGACAGAAGGAUCGCCUGCUACAGCAACAGCAGUUCAAACUGGAUGAAGCUCUACGCAAGGUGGCAGACAGCAACAGCCAGCAGGCUGACCUGCAGAGGGAGCCAGAGCACAAGCAGAGGUUUUUUCAGGAGCUCACCGAUCGUGCUGAGGAAGAGCUACCUGGAUCUCCGAGCAACGGCUACACAGAUCCUGCAGCGCUAGAGCUCAGCACAGCACGAUCACACAAAGGAACGGAAGAGCUACAGUUGGUACGGGAUGCUCUGCGCAGUCUGAGGAACAGCUUCGGAGGCCACGACCCUCAGCACCACACACUGGACACACUGGAGCAGGGCAUGGCCAGCCUUAUGGACCGCCUCUACACACUGGAGUCACAGACCAGACGUGACAGGAAGGCAAGGGCCAGGUCUCCAGGACACAAGGCCACUCAUACAGACAGGGACUCCUGGCCUUCCAGCACCAGAAUGGUCCACUCUCACAGCAGCCCUAUGCUUAACUCCUCAUCCUCCACCAAAGUCCUGUACUUCACAGACCGCUCGCUCACACCCUUCAUGAUCAACAUCCCUAAGAGUUUGGGAGAAAUUACCCUCCGAGACUUUAAAGUGGCUAUAGAUCGAGAGGGCAGUUACAGAUACCAUUUUAAAGCUCAGGACCCUGAGUUCGGCACUGUGAAAGAGGAGGUGUUCCAGGAUGAGGCGGUGGUGCCCGGCUGGGAGGGCAAGAUCGUGGCAUGGGUGGAGGAGGAUCACGGCGAGGGGAGGAUCUAACAGGAAGCCUGAGAAAAGCCCAGCCGGGAUCAGAUGUGACAGGAAGGAUGAACUGUGCCGAUCUGUCAGAAUAAAUGUGCUUGUGCCGAACGUACAGAUGCUCAGCUCUCUCACUUGGAAUUCGAAAAUCCUCCUGUUCCCUGUACCUCUGUGUUUCUGUGCGAGUCAAGUGAAAGCAGGACAACAGAAGGGACACCCGGAGGUUAAUUAGAACGUGUUCCUGUCCGUUCUGUUCUCCGAACAGCUGUCUACAGAAAAUACAGGCUCCUCGCCAAUGAUUAAUCUGAGGAGCUUUUCCUUAACGAGUUGCCGUGCUGCAGACAUCUGUAGUGUCAAAUUAGUGUUUCACUGUGACCAUAAGAACUUCUGUUUAGACAUUGAAAGAGCUUCUCGUCAUAAAUCUUGUAUUUUAUAGUCGAACGGCCAGAGAUUCGAUACUUUUUUUUUUGUAGCGGAAAGACAGUUUACGAGCAGGUGCGUGUGUACAGUAUUAUUAUGACAUGAGUAAGUGAACACGGUGGUGUGUAAUACGUUUAAAGAUUUUUAGAAGGGUUUGUGUCAUAUUUCAGCCUUAAAUUGAUCGAUUUUACAAUCCAAACCCAGUUCACAUUAUCUAGCAAUAAGAUUAUAGAUAACUGUUGACACUGUAGUAACCACGUCAAGUGUCGAAUACACCAGCUGCCUACGGCACGAAGCUCAGAAGGAAUUUUACGUACAAUUUUAAUGUGAUGUCAGCCGAACUGACUGAUAUCACGUUAGAAGAGGUGUGUAAAGGUUUAAGGUAUACGCCGCCUUCAGUGAAGGCUAGGCCCGUACCAGCAAUUUAGCAAAUUUUUCCCUUUUUCGAUCUCUUAGUCAGUUCAUUUUGUGAAGUUUGAGUUUUCCGGACUAUUAUUUUGUGAAAACGUGUAUUCGAAUUUAGGUCAGUCAAGAUUCUACUGGCAGAGAAAUAACUUUACUUGUGUUUCUCAAUACACAGCCCAAGCACUGAGUUUACAGGACCAAAGUGAGGUGACGAUAUUAAAACAUGCUGGUUUAGUAGUAUAUAAAUAAGGUCUAGUCUGAGUGUUUCUCAAUACCAAGAGUGUGUGAAAUGGAUUUGUGUUCCUGGGAACAAUGAUUGUUUUUUUAAGAAUGAAUUAGCAAGGACACUAGCAGAGAAGAGAGAUGGAUGAUAUUUAAGGAGUUAAACACUUGGGGACAUUCAGUUAUAGAAAACUGAUCAAUGAUGUGGUGGGGUCAUGCAGCCUGUGGCCAAAUGGAGUGACUGUUACCACCCAAGUUGAUUCUUUUCCAAUUACAGAACGUCCUAAAAUGGCAAGUUUUUAUUCCCGUUACACUGCAGCAAUUUACAGACUAUUA